UGAAUGAAAGAUCCGACACAGAGCUUUUUGAGAUGCAGAAAUCAGCUCGGUGUUGAGCAGCAAAUAACUCUCUUAAAUGUAUAAUCGUAUAGUUGAAUACGAUUAAGUAGAUUUAUCGGUCUAGUUAAGAAACUAGAUGAGAAACAUUUAGAAUGAACAGAUAGCUGGAAAUAGAUAGUUAAAGAAGGAAAAAUCUGCUAAUGACGCUAGAGUUUGUGAAGAGAUGAAGAUGUCCAGGAACGGAUCAGGUCUCCAGCCUCUCAAAGCUAUUGUUCCCUUCACGCUGCUCAAAGCAGCUGGAGCUGCCGUCAAAAAUAUCAAUCCAGGUGAUAGAACCCAAGCACAGUGCCGUUUGCAGACUCAGAUUCGGCGCACAGUAUCUUUGGAUGCGAUUGUGGGACCGUACUUGCAAGGCCAGUGGCCCAAAGAGGGCGACGAACACGACAGGGAAGAAAAAUCCACCCAGACACCACACGCUUGGUUAGCUGGAGCUGAAAAAACAGCUGUUGGAUUUCACAAACGUUCCGCAUCAUGGGGAAAUUCAGAAUGUCUUCAGGAUGGUACUGACGUAUGUGCAGAUUCAUUUUUCAGACUGAAACGACUGCAACAGAAGAAAAGGUCAGGCAUUCUGGUUGGCAAUCAAGAGAAACUGCACAACCAACAUCAGUCCCCUGCUCUAUUAAUCCCACCUGCGUCAUUGACUCGACUGUCGUCACGCUUGCGUCAAAGUGAAGAGAGACUAGAUCAGGAGCUGGAGAAAGUCUUCACACAUAAUUCAUCAGUUCACCACUGUGGACUGUAUGAGGUUCCUGACGGCCACAGGGCUCCUGUUCCACACCUGAGCUCCAGGAGUGGAUUUCAGAUUGGAUCUUCCCUUGUAGCUUCCCAUUCUUCUUCCUCAUCCACAUCUUACUCUCCACAGCGCCCUCUAGAACUCGACACUGUUGAGGAGGUCAGCUCAUGUAUCUUAAUGCUGUCCUCAUCACCACAACCCAAUAACACCUACUGCUUUCAGAGAGAUCCACCAGAGGGUUGUGAGAGAGUCCGAGUGUGUGAAGAGAACACCCUUCCAUGUUUGGACCACGUGUACAUGCUCUCCUGCCCCGACCCCAACAAAGUGAACUUCACCACACACACAGGCUCAGCCUUCUGCCCUGUCAAUCUCCCGAAGCCCCUCCUACCUCCAGUGGACUUCCUGAUCUGCAGCCUCUCAGUUUCUCCAGGGUCCUGCUGGGUGGGACAGUGAGGAGUUAAUAACAAAAGCAAAACCUGUAAAAGUGGCAUCUGUUACUCUGCAUGAGAGAGAUAGGGAAAAAAUAAAACACUCAGUACUUCACUUUUUAAUAUUG